GGCUGCCCAUAUGGAAUGGAACAAACCGACACAGGAUGCAAGGCGACUGACAAAAACAAGAUAUGUUCAAAAAACUGCGGAAAAUAUGGCUUUUGCAUUAAAGAAGGAGGAACAGAGCAGUGCAGGUGUUUACCGAAGUUUUCGGAGAUGGGGAAUGGAUCCUGUAUAUUGAAUGCAACAGCUGUGUGCGCAUCAAAACGUCUAACCAGCGACUUUUCGAAGUGCGAUUGCUCUGGAAUCUUGAAAUAUGCCGAUGAUGGAAUAACUUGCAAAAAGAGAACAUGCAUUGACUUAGAUGUUCAGGAGGAGUGCAAGAAGGUUGGUGCUAUGCGGUGUGAAAACAAAUGGGACAAGCCCGGAAUGGACUCAGGCGCUGGUUACGAAUGUGUGUGUAGGCCAGGGUAUUCUAAAAAUGAAGAUGAUAUAUGUACAGAGAAGUGCAAAUUGAAAAAUCAUAUCAGUAAAUGUGCUGCCCGAGGUCAGAUCUGUGUUAUGGAUCAUUUGUAUAACGCCAUCUGCAAAUGUCCACCAACGACUGCAUGGAAUGAAACAACCCAAAGAUGUGAUAUUUUAAACGAAAACAUACUCAUGAUGCAGAAUUUACCAGUUAUUAAGAAAAAAUACGUUCAAGAAGAUGGUUCCUUGGAUAAAGUGAUGCUGAAUGUUGACAUCGUAAAUGCGAUGAACACAGUGUAUCCAAAGAAAAUCCUAGAUUACGCUUACUUGUUGAACUACACGGAAUCCUCGCUUGUUGUAAAGUGCAAUGUGAUUGCUCAAUUUAGCGGCCCGACGAAGUAUGAUGCUAAACGUUACACUUUAUAUGCAGAUCUUCAACUAAAUUGCAGUGACUGCUCAAUGUAUCUGCUGCCGCCAAUACUUCUGGAUAAGCAGUCUUUCAAUGACAUUACUUUACAAAACCUGGAUUUUUGCUCCGAGCCUCUGAAAAACUACCUGUGUGGUCCAGGAAGUGGAUGUAAAGACAGGACAUGCUCUUGUAACAAAGGAUACAGGAUAACGGAAAGCAGUGUACAAGUAGCCGAAGAUUUUUCACUUUUCAGAUGUGAAGACAUCGACGAAUGUCUAGAGAAAACUGAUGAAUGCACAAAAAACACUACCUGCGUCAACAUUCCUGGGGGUUAUUUUUGCAACUGCAAGCAAGGUUACAAGAAAUUAUCCGACACCUUACCUUAUAAGAACACUCCCGAUAAAGAAGGUUGUGUUGAUUUUUGUUACCCAAGCCCGUGCAAGAAAGGAGCCUGCCGCUUGAAAGAGAAGGGAUUCGAUUGUAGCUGUGAUGUAGGAUACAGUGGAUCGUUAUGUGACGCAGCUGACGAAAACCUCCAUAAGGCCAACACUAACUCAAAAGUCAUUGGAGGAGUUUUAGGAACUCUUCUUGCAGUUAUAGUUAUUGCCUGCCUCGUCUUUUAUUACCUCCAAUUUUACAGAAAACGUAACAGAAAUGAUUCAGACAGAAGUUUAAUUCCUACUCGUAUGCAAGCUGAUGACACAGAAUUGGCUGAAAGAUCAACUGGAAUAUCAAAUCCUAUAUGUGAAUAGAAAGAAGAUAUCCUUUAUGAAAGACAGAGGAAUAGUUAUAACACUAUAUAUUGUACAUUCCGGACUUGAUUCAACGCAUCUACAACUUCAAAGUUUGGAAUUGCCUUACAUUUGACUUUGACUGCUAUGAAUGAAUAUUAAGACAGUCUAUUGAACAUGAUGGACAUCACAUGUGUUUCUUUUCUUCAACUUCAUCAUUUUUUAUUUCUCACUAACAAUUAAACAUACUUCUUUUUUCAACUGAUACUUUUUACCUGAUAGUGUUUCCUUCAGUAAUAUUAUUGGGGCCUGCGUAACCUUUGGUUAAAGCUUCA